UUUUUCGUCCCAUCAGUGAAGAGCAGAUCUGGUUGCUGCCUCGCUAUCAUCUGCUAGCAACUUAGCUGAAUGAGAAGCUAGCUCAUACACAUUCCGAAGGCUGUUUUCUCUUAUUCUGUUAAUGUAAGUUUACUCAUCUAAAGGUUCGUCCAGGAGACUGCGCCGAAGAUGCAGUUCAUGCUGCUGUUCAGCCGCCAGGGUAAGCUGCGCCUCCAGAAGUGGUACGUGCCUCUCUCUGAUAAGGAGAGGAAGAAGAUCUCCAGGGAUCUGGUUCAGACCAUACUGGCCAGGAAGCCUAAAAUGUGUAGCUUCUUGGAGUGGAGGGACCUGAAGAUUGUAUACAAGAGGUAUGCCAGCUUGUAUUUCUGCUGUGCAGUGGAGGAUCAGGACAAUGAGCUGAUCACCCUGGAAAUCAUCCAUCGAUAUGUGGAGUUGUUGGACAAGUAUUUUGGCAGUGUGUGUGAGCUGGAUAUUAUCUUCAACUUUGAGAAGGCCUACUUUAUCCUUGAUGAGUUCCUGCUGGGUGGAGAGGCCCAGGAAACCUCCAAGAAGAACGUGCUGAAGGCAAUUGAGCAGGCUGACCUGCUGCAGGAGGAGGCGGAGGCCCCACGCAGCGUUUUAGAGGAAAUCGGACUGACAUAGAUGUCAUUUAACCACACCUAACACUGACCUGGCAACCCCUCAUCUUGUUCUCUCCUGUUUACAAUAUCAGUGUUGUACGUACGUAUUCGACAUGUCUUUGCUGUAUUAUUCGGAACUGUGCUAUUCUGCAACGUCCUGUGACUGUGGUGCCAAGUGUGCUUCAAAGUGUCUCCUCUGUAGCAAUCCCCCCCCCCUCACUGUUGGAUGAUAAAACUACACUUACUUUGUGGAA